AUGCUGCAGGAACGUAUCACGCAAACUAACAAGCACCAAAAGUCAUUGGAGGCAAAAAUCACCGAGAUGGAAGACAGAUCUCGCAGAGACAACCUUCUUAUAUUCAACCUUAAGGAGGGAACGGAAGGGCCAAACGCUCGGGCUUACAUGUUGGAGAGCUUCCCGAAGUGGUUCCCGGCUCUGGGGGCUGCCCCUCUGGAGAUCAUGAGGGCGCACCGUCUGGGCCCACCGCGGAGAUCCACUGCUUCAGCGGACACUGGCCAUAGUUAUCGCCCGCGUCCUCUUAUCCUGAAGUGCCUGCGCUACACCGAGAGGGACCUGCUGCUGAAGGAGGCUCGCAAACACGCACCUGAAGUCGCCGGGAUCCAGUUAAAGUUCGCCGCGGACUACAGCGAACCCACGACAGCCCGCCGUAAAUCAUGCUACAAAAUAAUGCAUGAUGCCCGCACUAAAGGAUUCGACGCGUUUCUUCUCUACCCCGCUACAAUCAAGCUCCAGCGAAGCAACGAAAGCUAUGUCUUCAAGGAGUCCACGGAUGCUGAAGAAUUCCUUGCGGCUGAUAAUCGUGACUAG